GAUUGCUAGCACGCGCACAAUUCCAUUGGUCCCUUCCAACACUGCGUACAUCAUCAUUUUUAAAAUGGAAACGAAUUGCGUAAAAUUUUUAAUGAUCAUCGGUGUUUGUUGUGGUUUUUGACCUGUUCCAACGCUCAAGCGGACAUUCAUAAAAAUUUGUGGUGUGAAGGAGUUGACGCAAAUACCUAUUCGAAACGAAACCGAUUGUAGAGUUUGGAUACGAUGUAAUAGACCGAAUAGUUCUCCUUCAACAGGAUUUUGCACGAAUCCUUCUUAUUUCAGUGUAGAGCCGCAAAAGUGCACAUCUGAAAGGGCUGCCAAUUGUUUUGUUUGUCCAGAUACGACAUCGACUUCCUUACACUCAGUUGCAAAUUCUUGUAGUCGGUUUAUUCGUUGCAACGGUGGCUUCAGAGAUGUCGUGUGGCAUUGGUAUGGGCUUUAAUCCCGAAACUGAUAAAUGCGAACCGGGAUUUUAUCGAACAUGCCGUGCAUUAACUACGGCACCUAUUACCGAGCCAAGUACUGGUACACCAACUUCUGAUACACCAACUUCUAAUCCACCGACUUCUGAUCCACCGACUUCUGAUCCACCGACUUCUGAUACACCAACUUCUGAUACACCGACUUCAGAUACAUCGACUUCUGAUACACCGACUACUGAUACACCGACUACUGAUACACCGAUUUCAACGACUACAAUAAUACCACCCACUGACGACCCAAGUGAAGAAAUUCCGAGCGCUGAUACAACUUUAAGUACAGCCACUCCAUUAAUUCCCACCCAUGGAAUCCCAUUACAUUGGCAACUUGUACAUAGGACUUCAACAUAAAGGUCGUCAAGCAUUA